AUUUACUUUGUCGCUGCUGUUGAAACCGCAUAUGAAAGUACGGCUUCGGCUUGGAUUUUUGCCUUCAGAUUACACUUUGCGAUCCUCUCUUCUCCUUAUAAGAAAUAAUCUGACGGUUAUCGAACCUGUUGUGGUGUAUGGAAGAGGAGCACGUAUAGGAAUGCGAGUGGAAAAUAUGGAAGCUAGGUCGAAACAACCUCUGUUGUUCGAGAUUCGCCAUGACCAUCUCAGCGACUGUAACAAUCCCAAGAGGUUAAUGCAUAAGCUCAGCUCUACACUAACAGUUCGUCGUCCAUUCUCGGUGCUGAACUCAGGAGAAGUGCCGUUCACCGUUGUGAAUAUGAGCAUCAAUGGUGUGCCUUGCGAAAAUCGCGGUUUUCGGAUACUGAAUUGCUAUCCUUUCCGGCUCCAGCCAAACGAGACCUACUCCCUUGAUGUUGCUCUCGAAGUAUGUUCCAGUUACACACCUGACUUUCUCACAACAACGAAUGAGGCAGAUCUGCAGUUGUACAUGCAUAUGAAUGGAAGUUCAUGGAUGUUCCCCUUAGCAGCCACUGUACCUGAGGAUAUGAUGUCAAGGUGUCAUCGUGCCCUUCCA